AUGUUGGUCACCGAAAUUUCCUACCCGACGUACCGAGCGCAACUCACGUCGUUGUACAACUCCCUCUGGUACACUGGUAACAUCGUAGCGUCUUGGACGACGUUCGGAACCUCAAAUAUUAGUACUACAUGGUCUUGGCGUAUACCUUCCAUCUUGCAAGGCCUUCCGUCCGCUUUCCAGUUCUUCUUGGUCCUCCUGGCGCCGGAGAGUCCCCGUUGGCUGAUUUCUAAGGGAAAGGAUGCCCAGGCAUUGAAGACGCUCGCUUACUAUCAUGCCGACGGAAACGAGCUGGACCCGCUCGUGCAAUACGAAUUCCAGGAAAUCAAGGCUGCCAUUGACCUCGACAAACAAUCCGCAAACAACAUUGGAUGGAGGUCUCUCGUUGCUACUCCCGGAAAUAGGAAGCGUGUUAUCAUCAUCGUAGCUAUCGCUUGGUUUUCGCAGUGGUCAGGAAAUGGUCUUGUGUCGUUCUACCUGAACAAGGUCUUCGACACCAUCGGUAUCACUAGCCCUACUGUCCAACUACUCAUUACUGGAAUCCUUGCCAUAUGGAAUCUAUUCUGGGCUGUAUUCGCCUCAUUCCUGGUUGACCGUGCCGGACGCCGAGUGCUCUUCUUGACUUCUGCUGCAGGCAUGGUUGUUUUCUUCUCUAUGCAAACAGUGUGUUCCGCGCAGUUUGCAUUGCAUGGAAACACGGCCGCCGCACACGCUGUCAUUGCCUUCAUCUUCCUGUUCUAUGCUGCUUACGACAUUGCAUUCACGCCUCUCAUUGUCUCGUACACAGUCGAGAUCUUACCAUACUCAUUGCGUGCGAAGGGAUUCAACGUGUUCAACUUCGUUGUCUCCCUUUCUCUAAUCUUCAACCAAUACGUCAACCCUAUCGCUCUUCAAAACAUAGCCUGGAAGUACUAUAUUGUAUACUGCUGCUGGCUUGCAUUCGAGUUUGGCUUCCUCUACUUUAUGAUCAUCGAGACGAAGAACCGCACGCUCGAGGAGACGGCGGCGCUCUUCGAUGGCGAGGACAUCAGCAAGCACGUCACCGGCAUUAUUGGCGCGGACGAAAUACGUCAAGACCACAAAGAUUACGACAUAAAGGAUGGUGGUGCGUCUACUCCUGAGGAGAAGCUCGAGAGCACCCAGAAAGUGUAA